AUGAUCAUCGACCACAAUGUGGUCAACGAAGAGAGGAGGAAGCCACUGAUCGAUCUGUGCAAGACGCCAUGGGCUGAGCGGCAUUCGGCUUAUCAGCGCUUCUACCAAGGGUACGUAUUUGUGGUCGAAGCUAUAGAGAUGAUAGCUUUCCGCUAUCACUUGGAGAAAUAUGGGGCUACGUAUGCCGACUGGAACUAUGCAGGCCGCAAUGAAGCACGGCAGAUUCUGGCCAGUGUUACUUCCUUUCAGUUUGUUGUUGUGUUUGUGACGAUAUAUCAGUACUUACCACACCUUUCGGGCAUUACCGUAAAGCUGCAGAGCAAAGCUGUUGAUAUCGUGAAAGCGCAUAACAUGAUAUCUGAAAUUGUGAGGACCUACAACAGCGAGCGCGCAAACGUUGAAGGCAGCUUUUCUCAAAUCUACAAAGUUAGUUCAGACAUGGCAAAAAGCAUCAACCGGCAGUUCUCAAAGUCGGCAGUCACAGCCAUUUCCCUACUUGGUCUUGUACCAAGUAUCAUAUGUUCGCAAGAUGUCAACCUGGAAGAGGCGCUGAUCAAGUACAGAGAUGAUCUGCCAUCGCCUGAAUUGAUGGACGCGGAACUCAGGCGUUGGAGGAACAGCUGUAUGGCGAUGCUCCCUGAGAAGAGACCGUGCUCACCAGCAAAAGCCAUCAAAGAAUGUGACGCCAUUGACUUCCCAAACAUCUCGGUUCUUUUGACCAUCGCCUGUACCAUACCUGUCACCUCGUGUGAAUGUGAGAGAAGCGCCAGUGCUUUACGACGUCUAAACAACUAUAUGCGCGCAUCCAUGGCUAAGGACAGAUUGUCUCACCUUGCUCUCCUUCACAUCCACUACCAUGUACCGAUAGAUCUUGACAACGUAGUCGAUUAUUAUGCUCGCCUUCACCCUCGCAGACUUGAACUUGACUCGGUACUGUUACACUAA